AUGGCUGCUGAAAACCCUAGGUGGCACGGGUUGAAGACACUCAAAUUGGAUCUAGUGGAGUACGUCCAGAGAUGCGUCGUUGAGAGGCAGUCGGUGCCGGCCAAUCAUCCUACAGGGCCAAGCACCGCCCCCCUGGACGACGACGGGAUCAAAACAAAGUCGGUGCCCCAAGCGGGCGUGAUUUGCCUGGUGGAGUUUGGCGCGCACGAAACUAUAACAAGAGGGCAUGAUGGUGGUGGUGGCGAGGCCGACUUGGAGGAGGAGGAGGAGGAGGAGGAGGAGGAGGAGGAGGAGGAGGAGGAGGAGGAGGAGGAGGAGGAGGAGGAGGUGGGGGAGGCGCAGGAGGGGGAGGAGGAGGAGGAGGAGGAGGAGGAGGAGGAGGAGGAGGAGGAGGAGGAGGAGGAGGAGGAGGAGGAGGAGGAGGAGGAGGAGGAGGAGGAGGAGGAGGAGGAGGCGGAGGAGGGGGAGGAGGAUGAGGAGGAGGGGGAGGAGGAGGAGGAGGAGGAGGAGGAGGAGGAGGAGGAGGAGGAGGAGGAGGAGGAGGAGGAGGAGGAUGAGGAGGAGGAGGAGGAGGAGGAGGAGGGGGAGGAGGAGGAGGGGGAGGAGGGGGAGGAGGGGGAGGAGGAGGGGGGGGAGGAGGAGGGGGAGGAGGAGGAGUGGGAGGAGGAGGAGGAGGAGGAGGAGGAGGAGGAGGAGGAGGAGGAGGAGGAGGAGGAGGAGGAGGGGGAGGAGGGGGAGGAGGGGGGGGAGGAGGAGGAGGAGGAGGAGGAGGAGGAGGAGGAGGAGGAGGAGGAGGAGGAGGAGGAGGAGGAGGAGGAGGAGGAGGCAGAGAAGGAGGCUCAUAGAGCUGAGGCGGACUCCGAUGACGGUCUGCUGGGAGCAGACGCGCAGGACCAUGGCGGACAUGUGGAGGCCGACCUGACGAAUGUCGUUGAAUGGGGUGCUGGACGUGUCCCGAUGUCGACCGGCGAGGCAGGCGCAAAUGUGGCAUCGGCCGGAAAUGAAGGGGGGGACAAGUCUCGUAUAAUCACGCAGGCGCAUGGUCAUCCAGCAUCGACCACUCUUAGUAAAGGCGGAGACGACAUCAGCGUGGAGGGUAUGCAAGCUGGCGGGUCUUCCUCCCAUGCCGCUGGAAAGAAAGUACCAACACCGGGUUGCUCCCAACCGGCGUUGAAGGCAGGCAACCCGUCGUCGGCGACGUUGAUCCUCUUGCAGUCUCACCAGGUCCUCGCUACUAUGGUCAGCGUAGUGGAGGGCACGGGCCGUAACAGCGUGAAAGAGGAGGACCCUGUGGCAAGAGCGCUGAUGGAGGAGCUUCUGGCUCUUCAGGCGCAUUCGCACCAGCCACCCUUCGCCUUUGCCAACGCCACUGCCCCAACACCUCGCACCCGGUCUCGGUCGAGAUCAAAGCGCGUCAAGCGGCAUCACCAUCCGCUCAUCCGCCGACAACUGGCCCCAGCGCUGCACCGACCCCGGGGCAACCCGUCGCCGGUCCUACACCUUCAGACCUGGUCUCGGCCAGAUCAACGCGCGUCAAGUGGCAGCACCAUUGCUCAUCCGCUGACAACUGGCCCCAGCGCUGCGCCGACCACGCAGCAGCCCGCCGCCAAGGCCACGCCAUCGGACCCGGUCUCGGCCAUGCUGCUGGCCGAGAUCAACGCGCUUCAAGCAGCAGCACCAUCCCCUCAUCCGCCGACAACCGGUACCCGCGCUGCGCCGACCAUCGUGAGCUUGGGUGGGCUGUACGCCAAGCAGUGGCAGACAAGACGCCGGUUCCUCCAGUGGUUCCAACGCCUUACCAGGUCGGCAAGGUGGCCCUUGAUGGUGGCGUUGACGAUUUUCAACAACCUUAUCAUCGGGGACGAGGAUGUGCAAUUGAUACAAGCAACAAUGGACGCAGAAAGACAUGCCGCUCAGCAGGCUGGUGAAGCUGCGUCGACCAACGUUGCUGUGGAGGAUCGGCCGGCCGGUGUUCAAUCGGCCCCCCAGACCAGGCAGAUCGUGCCGUCGGACCGGUCGGCCGGCGUUACGGUUGCUGGCCAGGCUGGUCCAUCCUUACCGUCCCUCUAUCAUGCAUACUUCAUAGCGGUCGAUCACGCCUUCCAGACCGGCCCAACGGACCGAUCGGCAGGCGUCACGGCUGCUGACCAGGCUGGUCAAGUGGGACCGUCCUUCCGGCCGGUCCUUUCAGUGGCUACCUGGGCCGGCAAGACAGGGCCUUCAGACCGAUCAACAUGUGUCACAUUUGCUGUCCAGACGGGUUAG